UAUUAAGAUUCGCGGCGCGGGGACGACAUCUAUUGGAGAUAAAUCAGUGCAACCUGUAUGCAUGGUCUUUUCGUGGUGUCGGAAAUAAUUAAAGAUUAAUUAUACAGUUUUAAAAUAAAUCGAUAAAACAAAUUGAACACUAGUUUGUCGAAUUAAUUAGUUGUAGGUAAUAAGUGACCGAUUCAUUUAAUGGAUCCUAACAUUGGUUGGUUUCAACCCGAGCAGUUCGGCCCCGCUAAGGUCUUGUGGUCACAACUUUGGGAGGCUGAAAUUGCUGAAAAGAGACUUGAUAUCCUGACACUUAAGACCGACAAUUCGUCCAACGCGAUGGGUAAUAAAGUGCAGCAGGAUUACAUAUCAUUAGAUUCGGUGUCGAGUCGUGUCGGGGAGGAUCGUUUAGCACCGCGCGUUCAACUCAGUACCUGUAACAUUUAUUACAAUCCGUCGAGGAGGAAAGGCGACAACCGCGCUAGUACUUACGGUAUGAACUACAAUUCCGAUGCUCUGAUCGGAGAAUACGGCGGUUGUCCCUGGCGUCAGCCGGACAAGCAUUACUUGAAGGGAGUCCUUGGGUUACACCAGGAGAUCGAGGACUUUUUCACUUACAUGCGUCCCUCCGUGGAAGAGCAGAAAUUGAGAUUACGUGUCGUAAAAAGAAUAGAAGAUGUGAUACACGACUUGUGGCCCAAUUCGAAAGUUGAAGUUUUUGGAAGCUUUCGUACUGGGCUAUAUCUACCUACAAGUGACAUUGACCUGGUUGUAAUUGGUAUGUGGAAAAUGCUUCCAUUAAGAACACUAGAACGAGCACUGCUGGACCGCAAUAUAGCUGAACCAACAUCUAUCAAAGUACUAGACAAAGCUAGCGUACCAAUUGUGAAGCUGACUGACAAAGAAACUGAAAUCAAGAUGGACAUCAGCUUCAACAUGGAUAAUGGCGUUAAAUCUGCAGAACUUAUCAAUUCGUACAAACAUGAGUUCCCUGUACUUGACAAACUUGUCAUGGUUUUAAAACAAUUUUUGUUGCAAAGAGACCUGAACGAAGUAUUCACAGGUGGCAUUUCGUCCUACAGUCUUGUUCUGAUGACUAUUAGCUUUUUGCAGCUACACCCUAGACAGAAUGCCUAUUGUCCGAAAGCUAAUUUGGGUGUAUUAUUGAUUGAAUUUCUAGAACUCUAUGGCAGGAAAUUCAAUUAUGUUAAAACUGGUAUUAGAGUCAAAGAUGGUGGUACUUACAUAUCUAAAGAGGAGGUCCAACGUGAUAUGAUCGAUGGACACAGACCUUCUCUUCUGUGCAUUGAAGAUCCGCUUGCACCAGGCAAUGACAUUGGUCGUAGUAGCUACGGAGCUCUCUAUGUAAAGGAAGCCUUUGAUUGGGCUUAUUCUGUCCUGUCUCAAGCAGUCAGUCCUCUCAAUAUACUGGUAAAUGAUGUAAACAAAGUAAGUAUAUUGGGCAGAAUAAUUCGGGUAACAGACGAAGUGAUUGAGUAUCGAAAAUGGAUUAAAGAAACAUUCCCACUGCCUCUUGGCGAGACGGACUCUCUUUCCAGUUCUACAGGGUCAGAUGCAUCAACUCUUUCUGCACCUGCCAGUGACACGGAUUCUGAAUGCAGUCGUGGCAAUUCACCUAAUACUGCUGAGGGUAAAGGAGAAGAAAGAAAUGAGGAUAAUCAUACUUACGAUGACCAGCAACGUCAGCAACAUCAGCCAAAGAAACACUACAAACCAAAUGCACAUGUUAAUAAUCAGCACAACUCGCGUGGAAAUUAUCAACACGGAGUAAGCCACAAUAAUUCUGGCAAAAAUAAGGUGAAACAUCCACAGCAAAAUAAUAUGAGCAGCAGUAACAAUAACAAUAGCAACAGCAACAAUAAUAACAGUAACAGUGGAAAUCAGAGUCCGAAUAUGAGAACUGUUACAAUGAAGCGAAAAAAGUCUCAGCUAACUCGCCGUGGACCCGGAAAUGAUUGUGUGCGGUGAUGAAGUAUCUCCUGUGUUUCAGUGUGUCCAACUUAUUUCUCUUAAAAAAAAUUACAAAAUCACAAAAACAUAAAAAAAGAAAAAUCAAAAAAAAGAAAAACAAUACAGUAAUUCGUCAUGACAGUGUGUCGAAGUUGCCGUGCGAUUUAUCUUAG